GCGUCACAUCCCGUCAGCGCGCUGGGCUGGGUUAGUCCUCCAUCUUGGCUAGCCUAGCGGCUAACGGAAAGGCUGCCGGAGAGGAUGAGGAGACGCUGACCGGACCGAACCGGCACCGUGUCCCCGAGCAGAGAAGCCACCACACGCCACCGGACAGGCUUCGCGCACGCGCACACCCGGUAGUGCCGGGCUGCUAGCAGCUAGCCGCCAGCAAAGAGGAACUGGUGCUCCGGUUCCGUUCGGGUCGAUGUCGGUUACAGAUAGCCGGAAAAGCCGAGACGAGCCGAGCCGGGACAGAUAACCCGCCGGCCGUGCAGCCAGGACCGGGGCCGGUGAUGCUGCUUGGGAACCUGCUCAGGUAAACUCAGGCUGACGUCACGCAGGUGUUCCGGAGCGGAGCGGGGGCUUCAUGACCGAAACUACCGACUCUGGCUCACUGUGACCCUGGAACAUGUCCGCCAGGACCCCGCUACCCACCGUGAACGAGCGGGACCCAGAGCACCAUGCCUCGGUGGACGACGGGCGCAGCGAGGUGCCAUCCCGCUCUGUCCGUUCCGCCCGCUGUAAAAACUCGUCGGCGUCUGGCACAGACGAGUCACCGCAUGUGGGAAACUACCGGCUGCUGAAAACCAUCGGGAAGGGAAACUUUGCCAAAGUGAAGCUGGCUCGACAUAUCCCAACAGGACGGGAGGUCGCCAUCAAGAUCAUCGAUAAGACCCAGCUGAACCCCAGCAGCCUGCAGAAGCUCUACAGGGAGGUCCGAAUAAUGAAGAUCUUAAAUCACCCGAAUAUCGUGAAGCUGUUCGAGGUGAUUGAGACGGAGAAGACUCUGUACCUGGUGAUGGAGUACGCCAGCGGAGGUGAAGUAUUUGACUACCUCGUAGCUCAUGGCAGGAUGAAGGAGAAGGAGGCCAGAGCUAAAUUUAGACAGAUUGUGUCUGCAGUCCAGUACUGCCAUCAGAAGCACAUCGUUCACCGAGACCUCAAGGCGGAGAACCUCCUCUUGGACGCCGACAUGAACAUAAAGAUCGCAGACUUUGGAUUCAGCAACGAGUUCACCGUGGGAGGAAAACUGGACACCUUCUGUGGGUCUCCUCCAUAUGCUGCACCUGAGCUCUUCCAGGGUAAGAAGUAUGACGGUCCAGAGGUGGAUGUGUGGAGUCUCGGGGUGAUCCUGUACACGCUGGUCAGUGGCUCUCUGCCGUUUGACGGGCAGAACCUGAAGGAGCUGAGGGAGCGCGUGCUGCGAGGGAAAUAUCGAAUCCCCUUCUACAUGUCGACGGACUGCGAGAACCUUCUGAAACGCUUCCUGGUGCUGAACCCGGGCAAGAGAGGAACACUGGAGCAAAUCAUGAAGGAUCGGUGGAUCAACAGCAGCUCUGAUGAAGACGAGAUGAAACCCUUCAUUGAACCAGAGCUGAACAUCAGAGACGAGCAGAGGAUCGACUUGAUGGUGGGGAUGGGCUACUCCAGAGAUGCAAUCACUGAUUCGCUCUCCAAGAUGAAGUACGAUGACAUCACGGCUACCUACCUGCUGCUGGGACGCAAGACUGUGGAGGCGGAGGCCAGCGACUCCUUCCUGCUGAAACAGCGGCCGUCUAGCAGCAGCCAGUCUCCGGCGCACGUCGCUGCCCCACGUAGCUCCUCCAAACACAGGCGAUACAGCGACCAAGUGUGUUCCGUAUUGGCUCCUCCCACCAGGAAUCAGGCCACCACGUCAGCAGAGUGUGAGGUGAAGCUGGAGGGCAGAAGUCAGAACAGGAAAUCCAGUCCUGUGGAGACAGGAAGUCCUCUGCUGGGGAGCGCCAACAACCCCAAUGUGGCCGAUAUCCCAGAGAGGAAGAAGAGCUCAGCCACGCCCCCUGGCGGGUCCUCCAGCAUGACGAGAAGGAACACAUACAUGUGCAGCUCUGCGGAACGCCACGCUGUGGUCCAUAACGGCAAAGACAGCAGCUCAGUGACCACGCCCCCCCAGCGAUCAGGGGGUGGAACUUCCACUCACAGCGUCAGCAGCGGAACAACUCCUCCCGACAGGCUUCGUUUCCCUCGGGGGACGGCAAGUCGCAGCACAUUUCACGGUGGUCAGCUCCGAGAGAGACGCACUGCCACCUACAAUGGCCCCCCUGCUUCCCCCACCUUGUCACAUGACACUGCACCACUUGCCCAAUCACGGGCCAGAGGCUCCACCAACCUCUUCUCCAAGCUCACCUCCAAAUUUACACGCAGAGGGCUCUCAGAGCUUGAGAGGAACGGCAGAGCUGAGGGCUCCAGCCGUAACGUGUCGUCGGAGCAGAAAGAGGAGCCUGCGUCCCCCGCUGCUCCUCUGCUGAAGGACGCCAAGCCUCGCUCGCUGAGGUUCACGUGGAGCAUGAAGACCACAUCCUCUAUGGAGCCACUGGACAUGAUGCGCGAGAUCAGGAAAGUCCUUGAUGCCAACAACUGCGACUACGAGCAGCCCGAGCACUUCCUGUUGCUCUGUGUCUAUGGAGAUGGCCAUGCCGACAGCCUUGUCCAAUGGGAGAUGGAGGUGUGCAAGCUGCCCCGCCUCUCACUCAACGGCGUCCGUUUCAAACGGAUUUCAGGAACGUCCAUCGCCUUCAAGAACAUCGCUUCCACGAUCGCCAACGAGCUCAAACUGUAGCCGCGCAGGGUUUCCCGACAUCCUGUCCACAGCAGGGGCAGUUGUUCGUCACUUCUCCGGAUCAACAGACUGACAGCUGCAAAGCAUCCUGGGAAGACAUAGGAACUGUACUGCUGUUUUAUUUUGAAAGAGCCUAGCCUGACCCCUGGAGCCCAGCAGAGAGGGCUGGGCGGGGCUUGUGGACAGUUCAGUGUUUGUGAAUGUAGAUAUUUUCAUUAGUUUUAUAUGUGUGAGCGGUCAGCUGGUUCACCUGUGUCUCAUUAAACACCUUGAACGCAGCUCAA